AUGACAUGCAGCCAUAUUUGACUGUAUUCAUCAAGCCCUUCCCACUUCAGCAUCUUCAGCAGGACUGUGAAGAAAGCCGGAGCGGGACAACGGAUGCCAAUCGAAAGGAGACUUUACAGAAGAUGGCCUCGCCAAGAACCAUAACCAUUGUUGCCCUUUCCUUUGCACUGGGUCUGUUCUUCGUGUUCAUGGGUACAAUUAAACUCACACCAAGGUUAAGCAAAGAUGCCUAUAGUGAAAUGAAAAGGGCGUACAAAAGUUAUGCAAAGGCCCUUCCAGCAUUGAAAAAAAUCGGCGUUUCUUCUGUUCUUCUACGCAAGAUUAUUGGUACUCUUGAGGUGGGAUGUGGAAUUGUUCUGACCCUUGUGCCAGGGAGACCAAAAGACGUGGCCAACUUUAUUCUGCUACUGGUCAUGCUAGCGGUGCUUUUCUUCCACCAGCUGGUUGGAGAUCCUCUAAAACGCUAUGCUCAUGCCCUAGUGUUUGGUAUUUUGCUGACGUGUCGGCUGCUCAUUGCUCGUCAGGGUGAGGACCGGCCUGAGAGGGAGGAGAGACGAGAAGAGCAGAUCACGGCCCAGGAAAAGAACAAAGUCAAAGUUUCUUAGCUCCACAAUUUCAGAAAGAGCGCCUGGCAACAGAUCUGUUUCUCUGGAUAGUAGAGAAGGUGCUCGGAAAAAAAGACAGUAGUCCCAAAAGGUGAUUUAUGUCCCACAGCUACAUAUCAGAAGCCUGAAAACCAGAUCUUAUGUUACCUUUACCUCAUGUCUUACCUGUAAAACUUCUUAUUUAAAAUACAAAUUUUAAAUUUGGACAAUCACCAUUGUGGCAACUGUUUUGGUUGUGGUUUUGCAACAAAAGAUUAAACUACUGUAAUUCCCUGUUGUAUUUAUUGUUAUUAUUAUUUUGGCCCUGCAUUGAACAAUAUCCAAAAUGCCACUUUUAAGAUUAUACUGUGAUACUGGUUUCU